GGGGUGUGUGGCUGAUGCGGAUCCUGUGGCCAAUCCAUGCUGUAGUAUUGCACGGAGCUCUGUGCGUGUCUGAACUGGAGAAGGUCCUUUCUAAUCUUCCGGCUGCAGUUUAUUUUUCUAAUGUGGGGGGCUAAAAGGAAAUGAUGGUUCUCUUAAAAAACAAACCCCAUCAACCAACUGCUUCAGUUGUAGGGGAGGCCACUCCAGCUCUCUGUGCUCUGUACCGCUUGUAUGCACUUUGUGUCUGAGACUAGUGAUUUGUGGACUGGGGGGGAAGGAGGGGGCCUGAAAAAAGCCUCUAAGGCCAGUUAUGAUCCAUGGAGAUGGCACAUCCUGGCAGGUGGUGAUGAAUCUGAGUGGCCCUGCAGCAUGGAUCAAGGUGGAUGGUUUCCUGCUGGAAGCAGUCUCUUCCAGAAGGGACUGUCAAGAUUUUCUCUUCUUGAGGUUGAGAAGUGAACGAGUGCUGUGUUUUCAUGGACCUCUCCUUUAUGAAGCAAAGUGUGUAAAGGUUGCCAUAAAGGACAAACAAGUGAAAUACUUUAUACAUUACAGUGGUUGGAAUAAAAAAGAGAAAUCAGAGCUCUUCUUUUUACACUGGGAUGAAUGGGUUCCAGAAAGCAGAGUGCUCAAAUACGUGGACACGAAUCUGCAGAAACAGAAAGAACUUCAAAAGGCCAAUCAGGAACAAUAUGCAGAGGGCAAGAUGAGAGGUGCUGCUCCAGGGAAGAAGACAUCUGGUCUGCAACAGAAAAAUGUUGAAGUAUUUUUCAGACGAGAUGGAGCGCAUACUGUUUGCUGUUUGGAGACGCCUACAAUAUCGACACGGAAAACAAAAAAGAACAAACAGAAAACUCCUGGAAUUGGGGAAGGCAGCAGUACCAGCGAGACUCCCCAGCCUCCUAGGAAGAAAAGGGCUCGAGUAGAUCCCACAGUUGAAAGUGAAGAAACAUUUAUGAACAGAGUUGAAGUAAAGGUAAAAAUUCCAGAAGAGCUGAAACCAUGGCUUGUUGAUGACUGGGAUUUGAUCACCAGGCAAAAACAGCUCUUUUAUCUGCCUGCCAAGAAGAACGUUGACUCAGUUUUAGAGGAUUACGCAAGCUACAAGAAAUCACGAGGAAACACUGAUAAUAAAGAAUAUGCCGUUAACGAAGUUGUUGCUGGAAUAAAAGAGUACUUCAAUGUAAUGUUGGGGACUCAACUGCUGUACAAAUUUGAGAGGCCACAGUAUGCUGAAAUCCUAGCAGAUCACCCUGAUGCGCCCAUGUCACAAGUCUAUGGUGCACCACACCUGCUACGAUUAUUUGUACGAAUUGGAGCUAUGCUUGCCUACACCCCUCUUGAUGAGAAGAGCCUGGCUUUGUUGUUAAACUACUUGCAUGAUUUCUUGAAGUAUUUAGCGAAGAAUGCUUCCACGUUGUUUAGUGCCAGUGACUAUGAAGUAGCCCCUCCCGAAUACCAUCGGAAAGCAGUAUAACGGCGUGCUGUUGUAUAGUGCAGUAAUACCUGGAUCUCUGUAACAGUGCUGUCCAUUUCUACAUUUUCUUCUUUGUCCUUCCAUUGCACAUGUCUCUUGCACAGAUUAUGUAAAUUUAAAGUGAAUAAAGGGUGUUAAAACUGAACUGACAUUUGUAAGUUCUAAAGUUUUCUGUUCUUCUGAAACAGAAGCCUAAAAAGGCUUUAGGACCCCAUCAGUGGGAUGUAGCAAGAAAUGCAAUUAGCAUAUUAUUUCGUUGUCUGAGCUCCUUAAAGUUUAUAGGUUCAUUGUUUUGACACUAAGCUCUUACCUAACCUGCAUUAUUGCUUAGUGAUGACAAGUGUGCCACAGGGGUUGUGAUGUCCUAACUUACAUGCUACUAAUUAGUCUGACUUUCAAGCCCACUCACUUUCUUGGUGUUUUGAAGUGUAGCAUUUGUUAAUCCAUAAAUUCAUUCCUUGCCUAGAGAGUUGAAGGAUUGUGAUUUUUGUAUUCUAACAUAAUGGAAAAAUGCAUUAUUGUAUCUUGGUGUUCUGGAAAUGUUGGUCUUUCAAGGAGCUAUUUUACAAGUCUUCAAAUAAACUUUUUUAUUUCAAA